GACAUGGCUGUGUAAACGUCUAAGCAUUGAGAACAUUUUCUGAAUAACACUCUGGUUGCGCUUUAGUGUGUCGCCGCAUUGGGAUUUAUUUGAACAUUCGACUUAUUGGACUCGGAGCACAGAAUAAUCUUGCUGAUUGGUACAAUCUUUAUUAAUUAUAAGACACAUUUCAUCCUAGAACAAUGGCGACUGCAGCUAGCGACGCGGUGCAUUUUAUCUCUCUGCUCAUUCUGUCGGGCCAUGUUGCGGGACGAAUUCGCUACUCUAUUCAAGAGGAGCUGGAGCAAGGGGCAUUUGUUGGUAAUAUCGCCGAGGAUUUAAACAUUGGGAUUUCGGAAUUGUGGACAAGAAGGUUUCGUCUGAUUUCCGAUGAUACGAAAAAAUAUCUGUCUCUAAACCUGGAAAAUGGGAUUUUAUUUGUCAGUGAGCGAAUUGACAGGGAACAGGUUUGUGGCGAACGCUCUCUUUGUUCCCUUACCUACAAAAUAUCGCUGGAUAAUCCUCCGGAAAUGCACAGUGUUGCCGUGGAAAUAAUUGAUGUAAAUGACAAUCCACCUCGCUUUUCUAAAGACGAAUUUUCUUUACGGAUUAAUGAAGUAAUUGCACCAGGAGCGCGCUUCCCACUUGAGAGCGCGCACGAUCCGGAUGUGGGCACAAAUACUAUCAGCACUUACCAGAUUAGUCCAAAUGAACACUUUGAUCUCAAAUUGCAGAAAAUAAGUAAUGGAGACGUAAUCGCCGAAUUAUCAUUGGAAACAUCACUGGACCGAGAAGAGCAGCCCACAUUUUAUCUUGUACUGACGGCCAUUGAUGGUGGGAUUCCCCAGAGAACCGGUACUGCUCAAAUUAUAAUCACUGUUGUGGAUAUGAAUGAUAAUGCUCCUGUAUUUGACCAUGAAUUAUACAGAGCUAACAUACGAGAAAACUCUCCCAAGGGUACGUUGGUGACGAAGGUGAGUGCUGCUGAUUUAGACGAAGGUACAAAUGGUGAUCUCGUGUAUUCUUUCACCAGCCACACGUCACCGUCGACUCGAGAAUUAUUCAACUUAGAUCCUGUAACUGGAGAGAUCAGAGUUGAAGAAGUAUUAGAUUUUGAAAAGGCACAUAUUUAUGAACUUGGUGUAGAAGCUACGGAUAAAGGCCCAUACGCACUAGUAGGGCAUACCAAGAUUAUGGUUCGAUUAAUUGAUAUGAAUGAUAAUGCACCCGAGAUAGAGGUAGUGUCCUCAUCCAAUACGGUUCCUGAAGAUGCGCAAAUUGGAACAAUGUUAGCCGAAAUCAGCGUAAGUGAUCCUGAUUCUGGCGAAAACGGGCAAGUGCAGUGCGGUGUUGAUAAAAACAUACCAUUUAAACUUCAAAAGAUUUCAAGCAACAAUUAUAAUUUGGUGACGAGUGAUGCUUUGGAUCGAGAAACGGUCUCAGCUUAUAACAUUUCAAUUUCCUCGUGGGACCGAGGUUCUCCUCCCCUUUCAGCAAGUAAACAUAUACUAAUCACCGUUUCCGACGUAAAUGAUAAUGCACCGAGUUUUACCCAAUUCACAUACAACGUGUUCCUAAUGGAGAAUAACAGACCUGGUGCUUCCAUAUUUGCUGUUACUGCAUUAGAUGCAGAUUUGGAUCUGAAUGGUAUGUUAACGUAUUCGGUGGUGGAUAGCAGGAUACAAGAUGUUUCAGCAACGCAUAUUGUUACAAUUAACUCUAAGAGUGGAAAUGUUUUCGCAGUGCGUUCUUUUGACUACGAAAACCUAAAGCAAUUCAGGAUCAAAGUUAAAGCUGAAGAUGCUGGAUUCCCCAAGCUGAGCAACACAGCCAAUGUAAAUGUUAUUAUUUUAGAUCAAAAUGACAAUGCACCAGUGAUUGAUUCGCCUUUAAUGUGGAACAAUACAGCAUCAUUGGAGAUUGCUCGUCAAUCGUUAUAUCCAGGAUACUUGGUCACUAAGAUAAUCGCAAGUGAUGCGGAUUCAGGGCAGAACAUGCGCCUUUCCUUUCAAAUUUUGGAGGCCACCGACAAAAGCCUAUUCAAUCUUGGGCCACACUCUGGGGAAAUUAAGACUGUGAGAAAUUUGAAGAUUGAAGACGCCACCAAUCAAAGGAUGGUAAUUCACGUCAUGGACAACGGACAGCCGCGCCUCUCCAGCACAAUCACCAUCAUUCUAUCAGUUUUGGCGAAUAUUACUGAAAAAAUGUCCUCAGAAUUGCACCAACAUAGGAAUGUUAGUCAAUUUUCCGGGCCGAAUGUUUAUUUAAUCAUCAUUUUUGGAUCAACUUCCGUUAUCUUCCUGGCAAUCAUAAUUUUGCUGCUUCUACUAAAAUGCAAGCAAAACAGGACUAACAACGUGGAUGAGACCAGAUGCUGCUUUCCCUGCAGCAAGUGGCACUCGACUGAUGCCUUUAAUCGGAGAGCGGUUCUUCAUGAAGGGUUACAUUAUAGUGGAGCUGCUCCAACUCUUCCCUUAUCUGGAACUUGUCACUACGCAGUUGGCCUAUCAUCUGAAUCUUCUAAAUGUGAUUUCCUAUUCCUAAAACCUACCUUGAAUUCCAAUGACAUGAAUACUCGUAGUACCAUCGGAAGAGAAUGACAUACAUCAUGGUUUGUAUUGCGAGUGGGAUAGGAAAUAUAUGUAUCUUGCGAUUCUAACCAAGCUUCACCGAUUCAAAUAAUAUCACAUAAAUACUUUAUAUAUAGCAUAAUGACAAUGAUGAAGCUUUGUUGUAGUUCGGUUU